AUGGCUACAUCUGCUAAUCGGGGACACAAUGGUUAUGGUAAUUCAUUCCUUGAAAAAUACCGAACCGAUGGAAAUUCACGCGGCGGUAACCAACAACGUAACAAUUAUGUAUCGACAUCACAACAAUGGCAAAGCGGUAAUGGUAAUGUUGAUACAACAACAUUACGUGCCACGGGAAACGUAAUUCAUGAUGAACGUUUCGGCAACGAAAUUCUUGCUCGUGCUGGUCCAAGUCAUCAAUACCAACGUCCGGAAUAUCGUACUCACGAAGUUAUUGCACCUGAUGCUCGCUUGGAAAAUUUACAUAUCCAAUCGGACAGUGAUCCGAUUCGUGUUGUUAAACCAACAGAUCAAAACAUUCACUACAAACAACAAGUGAAUGUUCGCUUCUUGGAACCACCACCAGGACCUGAACCAGCGCCAAUCAUCAUCAAGGAACGUCAAGCACCAGCUCCACCCCCGCAACCACCCGUAGUCAUUCGACAACGCCCGCCAACUCCACCAACACCACCUCCACUUAUCAUCCGCGAACGCCCACCAACACCACCAGUUCAACAACAACCACAAAUUAUCGAAAAAAUCUUACCAGCACCACCAGCUCCACCUCGUCAGGUCAUCGUCGAACGUCUUCCACCUGCGCCACCAAAGCCCCGUAAUGUAAUCUAUGAAAAAUGGUUACCUUAUCAAGAAACCAAAGAACGACCAGUGAUUGUCGAACGAGCACCACCAGCUGAAGUAAUUCGAGCACCAAAGAAUUUAAUCAUCGAAUACGAACAACCCAGAGCUCAUCAUGAACAAGUUAUCAUUGAUGAAGGUGUAUUCCGUGCCGAUCCUCAGUCACACAAUGCAACAAGUACCAUUGGUGAAGUGCGUAUUGUUGACAAGAUCACCGAUUUACCCGUGAACUAUUCCAAGUAUUUGAACAACCGCCGUCCUCAAACAGGUCAACCACGCUUGUCAUCAUCAACCGGAAAUAUUUACGAUCAAUACCAACAAGCACCUCAACAACAGUUAAGUCAAACUGAACCACCACAACAAUAUCGUACAACAACUUACAAUUACCCAGGUGCCUAUACAACAACCUAUCGUGCAUCUUACACAAAUCAAAGUGGUCGAGGUGGUAACAAUGGAAGCCAAUCGGCAGCUUACUCGAAAUAUGUUUAA